UCCAUCAUGCCCAGAUCCAGCAGUGUGGGAUUUCGUAUCCGUUCCCCAGCCAGCAUGGAGGAGCGGAGGGGGAGACUCCUUAAUCUAAUCACCCUCCGUCAAGAGGGGAGUCAGGUGGGUGGUUUGGCGCAAAUACUCUGGACCUUGGCAGUAGGAAUGGGGUACAAUGAUGAGGCACUUAAAGACCUUUUUAAUGCCUGCCUGGAUGACCCUCUGCCUGAGUGGGAGAUGAAGGGGCUGGACAUCCUGGACUUUCGGGGGCUCACCAGGUACCUACACCAUCGGUCUCAGUGGGAUACCCCAGCCACACCUGUCUCUCCAGACACGAUGGCUGACUCUAGACCUGUGUCUCCAAACAGGAGGGCCACCAGCCCAGCGCCACUGCACAAGAUGGCCGCCAGCCCAGCGCCACAGCACAAGAUUGCAGCCACAGGUGACCGUCCAGAGUCGAGUCAGGUCCCCACUGAACAGGUCCCCGCUGAUUUCCCAGAGUUGAGUCAGGUCCCCGUGGUCCCUCCAGAGUCGAGUCAGGCCCCCGUGGACCCUCCAGAGUCUAGACAGGCCCCCGUGGACCCUCCAGAGUCUAGUCAGGCCACCGUGGUCCCUCCAGAGUCGAGUCAGGCCCCCGUGGACCCUCCAGAGUCGAGUCAGGUUCCCGCUGACCAUCCUGAGUCAGGUCAAGUCACCAUUAACACUCAUGAGUCAGGCAAAACCACAGUUAGAACUCAUGAGUCAAGUCAAGUCACCAGUUUUCUUCAUGGGCAAGGUCAAGUUACCAGUGUUCUUCAUGGGCAAGGUCAAGUUACCAGCGUUCUUCAUGAGCAAGGUCAAGUCACCUAUGAUCUUCCUGAGUCAAGUCAAGUCAACCUUGAUCUUCCUGAAUGAAGUCAAGCCACCGUUGAUCUUCCUGAACCCAGUCAAGCCACCGUUGAUCUUCCUGAACCCAGUCAAAUCACCACGGAUCUACCAGAGCCUCUUUAAGUCUCUGCUGAACUUCCAGAGCAUUGUCAUGUCUCAGCCGAACUUCCUGACCGCUCGUCCUAUCCUGUCAUGGCCAUAGAGGCCAUCCAGGAACUCACUGCCUGC